GGCGCGCGGCCGAAUUGCGGACGCGCGGGGGUGAACGCAGCUCUGAGCAACAUGGCUGAAUGCAAGCCCAAGCCUGCCAAAUCUGCAAACAGGACACCCCCCAAGUCCCCUGGAGACCCUGCCAGAGAGAAGGCAGCAAAGAGGCUGUCCCUGGAGUCUGAGGGUGGUAACGAGGGGGCUGCGGCAGCCCCCUCUGAGCUCAGCGCCCUGGAGGAAGCCUUCCGGCGGUUUGCUGUACAUGGAGACACCCGAGCGAGCGGCAGAGAGAUGCAUGGGAAGAACUGGUCAAAACUGUGCAAGGACUGCCACGUGAUUGAUGGGAAGAAUGUGACGGUCACCGAUGUGGACAUCGUCUUCAGCAAGAUCAAAGGGAAGUCUUGCCGGACCAUCACUUUCGAGCAGUUCCAGGAGGCAUUGGAGGAGCUGGCCAGGAAGCGGUUCAAAGACAAGAGCAGCGAGGAUGCUGUACGUGAGGUGCACCGACUCAUUGAGGGCCGCUCGCCAGUCAUCUCCGGAGUCACAAAAACUGUGUCCUCACCCACUGUGUCACGGCUCACAGACACGACCAAGUUCACAGGCUCCCACAAGGAGCGCUUUGACCCCUCGGGCAAGGGUAAGGGCAAGGCUGGCCGUGUGGACCUGGUGGACGAGUCAGGCUAUGUGCCUGGCUACAAGCAUGCAGGCACCUAUGACCAGAAGGUGCAGGGAGGCAAGUAGCCCUUGACAGUGGGGCCCUGGACGCGGCGGUGCCAGCAUGGGGACUCACAUCCAUUGCACUUCAUUACAUUCCUGUGCUCACAGAGGUCUCCACUUUGGCACCCUGGGGUGAUGCUCAAGGACUCCUGCGGGUACCCCAAUGUGUCUCUCUCAGACCCUUGGUUUGUGCCCUGACGCACUGACCCUUCCUAACAUACCUGUCCCGUUUCAAGUCCAGAGAUGGACGGCCAUUUCACAUUGUCUCCUCGGAUCACACCACACUGGCUACCUGGUUAGCAGGAGAAGGCAUAUUUUGGGGGCUGGUAGAGGUAGGACAAGAGGACCCAGGCCUGUCAGAGGUCAUGCUGACAUCUUGACCAGCAGAUACCUUCUAGGAGCUAAUGAACUAACAGCACACCUGAAACAGAUUACACAAAUCGGGCCUCCCAUGUUUCUUGAGCUGCGUGUGUCUGUGACCAGGGCUCUGCAGAGGGCAGCAGCAGACAGCUAUUGAUGACCGGGGUAAAAAGUGACUGCCAUGUGUGCUCUCAGAGCAAUCCAGGGAGCCCUGGAAUGUCCAUUGAUAACUCUCUUCCCCCUCUAUCCCCCCUUCCCGCCUGCUGUUCCCACAUGCCCAUCGUGGGAGGAGCACAGUGCUGAGGCAGGGCUUGAGCAGGCAGUCAUUACAGCAGCACACAUGGGGGCUUCCGCCGAGCUCCGAGCUCCGUGCCUGCAGGCCCCGCUGGCUGCAGUGUUUUACUCACAAACCUGCCAUCAGUUACAUCAUGCAGCAUCGUCAGCUCAAACUGACUUCCCUAGCGUCUCCCAACCUCUGGAAUACAGAGUACCAGGUACCAGAGCCAGACCCAGGAAGCCCUCAGGCUGUAAGCUGCUGAGUGGACAGGAGCCAGCCACAGCCAGCUCAGGACCUGUUUGUCCACCUGUGACAGCUGGUCCUCAGGACUGUGCCUAAACUAAACCAGGGCCACUUGGCUAACCAUCCCCAGGAGGGUGCCACCGGCUGUCAGAAUGGCCCACAGCAAUUGGCCUUUAAAGGAGCACAGUCCUAGCCUUGGGUGCACCUGUUGGUCCUGGGAUUUGCCUCCCCAGGUGUAGGAUACAUGGCCUAGCUCACAACACAGAUGGAUGGCAAGGCCUCCUUCCUCACUGUGGUGGCAUGUGGAUACUGCCUGCCUCUCCUGAGCCCAGAGAAUUUACCUGGGCACUAUGGCAGCUAGUCUGCCUAAGCUCUUGCCAACAAGGCUCUUGGAGGGUGCAAGGCUCUGACAAGGCAUUCGACAUGGAGAGCCUCAUUCAGAGGAGAGAUGGCUCAGUGGAUAGUUUCUGAGUCCUGGAGGCUCCCUGUUAGUAUAAAGACCAAGGAACAACAGAUGUCAGGCUCCAAAGCUCUUUUCUGAGCUGUCAUCUUGCUGGUCUGAGGAAAGGCAUGUGCAUGUCAGUACAUUACAGCUCACUAACAAGGCUCUGCCCCAUUCCCAAACGGACCCUCUGUACUCCCCACACCCUUCCAGUAGCCUGGUCUUCUUAAAGCUCCCCAAGGAUUCUCCCUUUCUCAUUUCGGAAGGGCCAAGUCAUGCAGAAUAGACAAGAACCAGGACCUUGGUCCCUAGGACUGAGUGCACCUGGUUCGGGAUGGUGUCUGAGCAUGCCUGCGUCGUGCAGCUGGUCACGUGCUCCUGGGGCCUCGUAGUGGGCUAUAAGGACACAGGACAGUGACAUCAAGACACUGGCUCUUGUUCAACAGGUGACCUCAUCAUCAGGCAAGCCAGAUCUCCAGACAAAGAUCCAGGGCUCACUUCCCCCAGAAGCACCUAGAUAAUGGUCUCUAAGCACGAGGGCGAGGCCUGUGCCCAUCCUUAGAGACCACCCAACCUCGUAGAAGGGAGUCCCAUUAUAGUGCAUCACCCUGCCCAUGCAGUCAGCACCUCAGAGUGGCAUGCUCUCUAGAACCGAAUGGAAAAGCUUGGAGGUGCCACUAUCUUAGGCCCUCUAGAAGUGACUUUUUUGGGGGGGCAGGAAGCCAAACUUUCACUUCUGAUGAAUAUCUCAACACACAUUCCUGAUUGUUGUAGCAAAUCUUUGGGUUUUAUGACUGAAAAUCGAGUCAUUCUCCUCCAAUGCCCAUGUUCCUGCUGGCACAAAACUCCAGCAUGCCUAAGGCUCCUCGAAGGAUGGCUCAUGUGCUACGCCCUUCCACAUGGCCCUUGGGUGGUGCCAGGGACACAGCAGAAAUCAAACAAGUAGCCUCUGCUAGUCCCCUUCUGUCCCAGCAUUUCAUCAGACACAGAGGACAGCAUCCUUCCCCAGUCACUUCAAAGUGUAGCUU